UGACUUUCAGCAGUCUGGUCGGUGUUGCAUGUAAAGACUUUCCUCGCAUCUGCAAGGCAAAUUGGAGCAGAGCGGACCUCACGUUUCUUUCCUUUUUUGAGCACUCUGUUUAUAACCAGUCGUGGCUUUUAAAAAGUCGUAUCAAUCAAACUAGGAUCUGGUCGGUUCUGCAGAACGAGCGACCUCAGCAGAACUACAAACAGAAAAGGGAAAAUGUCUGCAACAUCACUUCUAUCCGCGUUCUACGACAUCGAGUUGCUUUGCAAGCAAAGCGAGAAUUCCUUCAACAUUAAUACCCUAACCCAGUACAGUAUGCUGGAGAAGCAGCCCGUCGCUGUUGCAGCUAAUAUUUCCAGUAACAGCAGCACGAACUCUUACACCCCUGGGUUUAUCCGGCGAAACUCGAGCAACAAUCUGCAGGCACUGGUCAAUUCCUCCAAGUACCCCAACAAUUCCUACAGCAACAGUAAAGAGACCACGACCAGCUGCUACAGCAGCGCCGCCGCCACCACCACUGCCCAGAUGAACAAGGAGAACCGCUUCCGGGACCGCUCCUUCAGCGAGAACGGAGAGCGCAGCCAGCAGCUAGAGGCGCAGAUCCAGCAGCAGAAAGCCGGCUCUCCGAUCAACUCCACCCGCUACAAAACCGAGCUCUGUCGGCCGUUCGAGGAGAGCGGCGCCUGCAAGUACGGUGAGAAGUGCCAGUUUGCCCACGGGUACCACGAACUCAGGAGCCUGUCACGCCACCCCAAGUACAAAACUGAGCCCUGUCGCACUUUUCACACCAUUGGCUUCUGCCCCUACGGACCACGGUGCCACUUUAUCCACAACGCUGACGAGAGGAGACCGGCCCCGUGCAAUGCUAACAGCGCCGUGCAAGGGCUCGCCCUGCAGGCGAACGAGCUGUGUGGUUACAGUCAGAGGGACGGCAUGCAGCACAAGAGUUUCAGACCAAAGCUACACCACAGCUUGAGCUUUUCAGGCUUUUCCAGAAAUCUCGAAUCGCCCCUGGUGGAGAGCCCCACGUCCCGCACCCCCCCGCCCACUUCCACGCUGUCCUGCUCCUCAUCCUCCUCCUCUUCUUCGUCUUCGUCAUCCUCAUCUACGCUCUAUGAAGACAUGCUGUCCCCCAGCUCGCUGUCCUGUGCCAACAACGCCUUCUCUUUCCCCAGACAGGAGCUGCGGAACCUCCUCGCCCCGCUGGCUAUACAGACUCACAGCAGUGCCUAUUACACGAACCACCACCACGCCAACCUGUGCCCCCCUUCCCCGCCGUGCAACAUGAGUCACUUGCAGUCGCUGCGACGCCUGUCCGAGUCGCCUGUUUUCGACUCCCCGCCGAGCCCACCAGACUCCCUCUCGGACCGGGAGAGCUAUGCGAGCGGGUCCCUAAGCUCUUCUGGGAGUCUCAGCGGCUCCGAGUCGCCAAGCUUGGAGUCAGGAAAGCGUCUGCCAAUCUUCAGCAGGCUGUCUAUUUCUGACGAUUAGACAUUGUUUCAUUGAGUUUAAAAAGUAAAUGACGUUUUAUCUUCUAAAAUCCAUCAUUUUUGUCUUUAAGAAUCUGCCACUCUCCCUUUUGUGACGACACCAGUAACGAUAAAUAAGUAAAUAAAUAAAUAAAAUAAACAAGAUCAGUUUUAAGACUUUUUUAUUAGUGAGAAACUUAAAGGAACUUUCCAAAAUGUUGCGGACAUGGCAUUAGAUAUUUUCCUUAUAUAUAUUAACAUCAACAGAAGGCAUUCCAUCACCGAUAGCUAAGAACUAUAUACAUAAUAUGAAAAAAACAAGAAUCAACUAAACUUCGGUCUUUAAUAGCAAGCAAGAAUAAAACGACAGUUUAUUGAGGAAAACAAAAACACCGGGUCUGUUCCAUCCGUGGUGACUUUUAAAAAUAAACGCAACAAACAUCCUGCCAAGAAUAUGCCUUUUUUUUUUGUUAAAAGACACUUACAUUUUUUUGUGUGUGUGUGCAAAAAACCUGAACUUCCAUUCCAAAACUUUGUUCUGUGUUCUAGUGCCGCCACCCAGUGGCAGGAUAUGGCUUGAACAUCCAUUUUUCUACUGGUGCUUUGUUGUUGAAAGCACUCGUUUCUUGGUGUCAAGCUAGUUGUUUGGGGAUAACUGCUGAUUGUUGUAUUAUUAUUAUUAUUAUUAUUAUUAUUAUUAUUAUUAGCAGUUUUGAGUUGAUUGUAUAUUAUUGCACACAGCUUGCUAUGAAAACUAUUUAACUUAUUUAUUGUCUUGUGAAAAGUAUAGGCUACAUUGAUAACUGUCCAUACCGUAUUUCUCGUAUGAUGAAAGCAAUAGAUAUAUAUUCUUGUAUUAUGUCUAAAUUAUGAUUGCCAUUAUUAAUCUUCAGAAUGUGGAGUGUAUUUUCUUUUCACAGUAAUAUAUGAUUUUUUUUUUGUAACUUCACUUGGUUAUUUUAUUGUAAAUGAGUAAAAAAAAUAAUCUUAAUUUAAGAGACUAUGUAAUAUUUAUUUCAUUAAUUUGUUUCCUUGUUUACGUAGAACAAAUGUAAAGGUUGCAUGGUUUCUAUGUGCUUUAGAAAUCAGGUCUAUGUGCUGUGGCAGUAGUUAUUGUGUAUUUCUCUAGGUUGGUAGGCCAUCCAAAAAUAACUCUGAAGAUGUAAACUAGCCUUACGCUUUUUUUAUAAGCCCAGACGUCAAAGUGACAAAAACCCAGUGAAAGUAAAUUAACCAAAAAAGGUAUUUUUAUAUGAAAGCAUCGAACCCACUGUGAUUCAUACCAAGUGCCAGAGUGUAUAGCAAUAAGUGUGACCCAUCAUUGUUAUUAUUGUACAGAGUGCCUUUAGAGGUCAGUAAACAUGCCUUAAACAGCAAUGGAACCAAAUCCAGUAAUUCUACAUGCUGUUAAGCCAGUCGAGUUGAAUGUAGUGUGGGGUUACAUUGGUUUCCAGCAAGCUGUUACCACUGUUGAAUUACAAUUUUGAAUCUAGAAUAAAACUCUUUGUGCAGAAGUGGCUAAAUAUAGGAGUUCCCUUUGCUUUAUGUCUUUUUUUUUUUUUUUUUUUUUUUUUAAUAUUUUUGGUUAUUUUCUUGUUUUACUCCUGAAACCAGUUUUUCUAUGUAAAAGCUCUGAAUCUUCCACAUGUUUUGCUGGAUGGGGAAGAGAAUGAACACGUAGGGUUAGUGUUGUUUGUACAUGGUGGGCACAGAGGAGGAUGAGCACUAUGUACUUAUUGGACUACUUUAACAGAAGUAAAAGUUUUUUUGAAUGUAACCA